UACGAGCCCAUGUACGAGGGAGCCGCGAACAUGUCGAUUGUUUUUGUGCCAAAGAAACUCCGAGGAAAGGCUAAAAUAAACCAAGAAACGAUACAGAGGCUGCUGGAUGAAAACGAUCAGCUGAUAAGAUGUAUCACAGAGUACAUGCAGAAAGGACGGGCAGUGGAGUGUGUGCAAUACCAACAGAUCCUGCACCGCAACAUCGUCUAUCUGGCAACCAUAGCUGACGCCAGCCCGGACAACGUGCCUCCAUCGUCAAAUUCCGCAUCUAAUGAAACAUCUGUCUCCAGACCACCUGUGAAUGGACAUGGAGGGACAUGAUGAUGCAGCUUCUCAGUCACUGCAUUAGGAAAAUGUUUUUUUAUAUCACAAGACAGUGUAUUUAUAAUGUUCAAUUUGAACUGUUUUCAGUAAUGUAAGCUUUUCAGUGAUGCUGUGAGUAGCUGUGUAUAUAAAAUGUGUCAAAAAGUCUAUGAAUUUCGUGUAAAUAGUUUUCUGCUAGGUAAAUAGGCAUCAUGAAAAUGAUGUUUUUGUUUGUUUGGUUUUUUUUUUUUUUACAUAUAUCUGGCAACACGGGCCUGGAUAUUUAAAAUCUUGAAGGCUGUUUAUUAAAAUGUGAAAUUGUAAACAAAUUUAAUGUACAUUAAAACAUU